CACAGUCAGGCAGACCAGCAGCAGCUUUACUCUCUUAACUUCACCGGCAUUCGGCGAUCGAACAGCGGAGGACGCCAUCGGCCGACGGCGAGCUUGUUCUCCCUAUUCCCGUCCUCCUUUUAUCUCCAUUUGCAUUAAUUUUCACAACCUUCAAACCCCGUUUUGCCACCAAAAAAAAGUAUAUAGAAAAAAGGAACGUGGCCGAUCACAUCAACCGUUUCCUCUUCUCCUUCCUUUAUUUCCGUCGAUCCUCCCUUCCGCUUCCCUAUAUCAGCGCCGCAGCAACAGUUUUACUCUCAGUCUCCACCAAUCAAUCUGCGGAGAUCGGAUUUCUAGUGGUCGGCGGCGCAAGACAGGUGAGCUUCUUCUUCCUCUCCCCUUCCUCUGCCUUUCCAGCGCUCCUGGUUUCUCCUGAUUACUGACCAAUUGUAGCCGCCGGCAUAAGCCGUGCUGGUUGCCGGUCAUCGGAAUCAGCUCCGUUCCCUAGAACCAGAUUAAUUUUCGUUGUCAUUUCUCUAUACUACCGGCAAAUCCUUUUUUAUCCCUAAUCCUUUGAAUGUAAUGCUCUGAUUAUACAUUCUCUCUGCCCUAAAUCUGGUAAUUUUAUUUUUCAGGGCGGCGGGGCAAUGGAGAAACUCAGGCGAUUCAACCGGGACAUCCGUGCUAUCGAAGUUUGGAACUAGGGAAUUGAUUCAGAUGAAACGCGUCUCCAAACUCUGGCGCAGCCUCAUCUCCGACCUCCUCUCCGACCGUGACUUCGCACUGAACCAUUCGCGGGGGCGGAACCAGUUGCUAUCCGGAUUCUUCUUCCGGCAGAACUCUGGAAAGGUAACCUACAAUCUCUCAUACGCAAGUUACAUGUUUUCGGCUAGAAGGGAAGAAGAUGUACGGCCACCAAAGCUUCUUAAAACCCAUCUUGAUCUCGUUCCAGAACAUUUGGUGUUAGCCUCUUGCUGCAAUGGUCUGGUUUGUUGCAAGAGUCUCUCCCAUUACGCAAGCGAUACCUUGACCAUCCAUGUAGGCAACCCGUUAACCAGAGAAUUGGUUGAGCUAGAUUUCCAUUGGAGCAAGGGGGGAUAGUGAGUGGCAUCACGUUGAUCUUCGAUCCUUCCCGUGACAUCGCUGAUGAUUCGACAGACUUCAAGGUGCUGUUGGCGUGGGAUGGAGAGGAAGAUGAUGUGCUUUAAAUCCAUCUAUACUCUUCGUUACUCGUCGAAAACGAAGAGGUGGAAGAAUGGGCGUGUUAGGGUUGUGGUAUAUGAUUCACGAUUGAACAUCUCUCAACAAUUCGAGUUAUUGGGACCAACUGGUUUAUGACAUGAUAUUAGAGCUAUUUUGUUUUUGAUGUCACGUGUUCAAGUCCUCACGACCCCCAAUAUUAACUGUUAUCUUUCAAGCACAUGGUAUGAUGGGUAUGUGCAACAUCAAGCCCAUGAGUCGAUUUUCGUUUGAGGGGUCGUGUAAGGAAGUGAUUAAGUACCAUACAUGGGCCUGUAUAAAAUCCAGCAUAACUUUCUCUCAAUAACUCGAGUUAUUGGGUUGGGACCAAUUGGUUUAUGACAAUUGUUAGAUAUCUGUAUCGACUGUUCAAUACUGAAACCGAGUUGGCUCAUGCGAUCUUAGAUAUCUGUAUCAACCGUAAGUGUGUGUGUCAAACGGAUGUUGUAUUGGCUCACAGGUGGCGCUGACUUGUGUAUGUUCGAUACUGAAACCGAGUUGGCUCAUGCGAUCUCCCCGCUAGUCCCAGCUUCCGAAUUGGAUAGCUUUGGGCCAGUUGUGUGCAUCGGGGAAUCGGAUGGUGAGUUGCAGUAUGCGAUGAUGUCGAACCAAGGACAGUGUAUGUGGGUUCUGGAGGAUCUGCGCAAGGGCAAAUGGUCGUCAUUGAGGUACGUAAAGUCGUUGGCUGAUAUCGAGAAUGAGCAUGCUAAGUUUUCUCUCAAUUUGCAAGAGGAGAUGAGGUUGCAGCAGCUCCGGGAGUCGGGUGGAAGCUUUGGCAUUGAAAGAUGGGGUUCUCGUACUAGAGGUGGGGGGCUAUGUUUUCUUGUACGACAUGGGGAACAAUCGAAUGAACCGCAUUGCUCAUACGACGGAGUUUGGUGACGAGCGAAUGUUUGAUUCUGAUGUGUUUCCAUAUUCGGAGGUACCUAAGGUGGUUCCUUAUUCUAUGAAUUUGGUUCCUCUGAAUAGAUCAUGAACGAAUAUGUUACCCUAGGUUCGGUCUCCCUAUUGUAAAUCUUUGUUUGUACAUUGUCGAGUCGCAACUCUCAGCGAGAUUGAGAACAUGAGAAAAACUUCGUUUAAAUUUUCAUUUGCUUGUUGAUUUUCAUGUUGUGGUGUUUUGCUUAGACUUAGAGAUAGUUUCCUUUGGUGGUAAUUUGUCCAAGAAAGACAUGUUCAAAUUUUACGAUCGGACAAAUUGAGUAAAAGUAGUAAUUUAGAGCCAAACAGUUGAAAUCGGACUAUCGUUUUUGCCCAUCUCAAUUCGAAAUAAAUUCAUGGCCUCAAU